AUGCGGGGCUGGCGCCCUGGGGACAAGCCCCUGGUCACCUUCACCCCCUUAAAUGCAGCAUCCCAGGCAGGGGCAGACUCGCUCGCAGAGCCCGCCUCGGCCCCGGGGCCCAGGCGGCGGCGCGGCCCUCAGCGCCCUAGCGUACUCCGCCCCGCCGCCUCCCGCUCGGCCCGCCUGGCCCGCCUCCCCACUCGAGCCCCGCACUGCGCAGCAGCACUUACUUACCCCGCGGCGGCGGCGGCCAAAGGCACCGGCUCUCCGGGGAGUGGGCAGGGCCCGCGCUCCGGGCGGGCCGGGGGAGAAAUUCAGCUCCAACUAGUGAGGAGAGUAGGUCCUGAGUUCAUCCAGUUCUAUUUUGUCUCUGACUAUGAUCCCACAACUGAGGACUUGUUCAUGAAGAUUUGCUUCACCAUUGAUGGGACCCCGACCCAGCUAAACUUCCUGGACGUGACAGGGCAGGAGGAGUUUCAGGGCCUGCGGAAGCAGUACAUGCCCAGGGAAGGUUUCCUGCUCAUUUGUGCCAUCAGUGACCACAGCAGCUUCAAUGAGAUCAGCAAGUUCCACACCCAAACCCUGCAGAUCAAAGAUCAGGAUUAGUUUCCCAUGAUCCUUGUGGGCAACAAGGUCAGCUUGGACCUACAGCAGCAGGUGCCCAAAGAGGAGGCAUUGGCCUUCGCCCAAGAGAAUUGCAUCCCCAUACACGGAAGGUACUGCCUCAACAUGAAUGAGUCCUUCCACAAGGUCAUCAGAGCCCUCAGGAGCUCUCAGGAGCUGGAGAACCCCCUGUUCACACAGUGCACCCCUCCAAAUAAAAAGUCUGAGAGCUGCCCCUGCUUCAUCCUCUACUGA